ACUCCUCUGGUUCUAAACCUUGUGCAACACUGCAACAAAACCGAGCUGCAAGAUUUGACUUGCUUUCAAUAAUCUACCAAGCUAUAAAACAGAUUAAUGAAAUCAAAAUAACUUUUGUGGGGGAGAUCCCUGUUUUGCUGUGCUGAUGAGCAUGGAAGAUUAUGAUCACCUUUUUAAAAUAGUUUUAAUCGGAAAUGCCGGAGUUGGGAAAACCUGUUUAGUGCGUCGAUUCACUCAGGGUCUCUUUCCACCUGGACAAGGAGCAACCAUUGGCGUAGACUUCAUGAUUAAGACAGUGGAAAUUAGAGGGCAGAAAGUAAAGUUGCAAAUCUGGGACACGGCAGGACAGGAGAGGUUCAGAUCCAUCACCCAAAGCUACUACCGCAGCGCCAAUGCGCUUAUCCUUACUUAUGACAUCACCUGUGAGGACUCCUUCCGGUGCCUUCCGGAGUGGCUGAGGGAGAUCGAGCAGUACGCCAACAACAAAGUCAUCACAGUCUUAGUUGGGAAUAAAAUUGACUUGGCUGACAAACGGGAAGUUUCCCGACAGAGAGCAGAAGAGUUUGCAGAGGCGCAAAACAUGCAUUACCUGGAGACGUCAGCGAAAGAGGCAGACAAUGUGGAGAAGCUGUUCCUGGACUUGGCCUGUGAACUGAUACAAGAGGCCAAACAGAAUGUGCUGGUUAACAACGACGUAUCUGUUAUGCCUGGGGAGGGCAGAAGCAUAAGCUACUUGAACUGCUGUAGCUUUCGUUAGCAGUUUAGCAAUCGGUACGAUUCUGCCAUAAACGCAGGUGGCCUGUCUCACUUCAGUGAUGAACUUCAUUCUUUCCUUUCCCCUUAAGUGAAACAUGGUGGUGUGGAGCGAUCGCACAUUUUGUGUCCCUGAUAGAUUUUUAGAUUUUUAAAUUGCUACUUAUAAAGUAACUUGGUUUGGAUGGAUUUGCCUUCAAUUCUAGAUGAAACUGCAAAAGCACAGCACAUAUAUAUGUGUACGUGUGUGUAUGUGUGUGUUUAUGUGUGUGUGUGUGUGUACACACACAUAGAAACAUAGGCAGCUCUCGACUUGCGUAAAGCCAAUUUUAAGUAAAUCCAGACUUGGGCAAAAAAUAUCUGGAGAUAGUUUACGGAAGCACUAAUGCAAAAAGGCGACAUCCGCGUGUACGUAAAUGUACACUUUACCUUUUCAUUUAUUUAAUGUGUUAUUUAGAAUGUGUUACUAGUAUUUUUCUGGCUUAAGUGUUUUUUUGCUCUAAAUUGUCUUGAAUGGUUUGGGAAGGUAAAUCUGACUUACAGUAGGAGACUUUUGUUGUGUAUAAGGAUUCGUGGGACGGACUACGUACAUCAGUCGAACUGCCUGCAUAUACACAUACAUGUGUGCAUGUAUAUAUAUAGUGACACUACCAAAAAAGGGGAAACACUAUUUUUCACUAUGGAUAAAUGUACUGUUGGUAGUGAAUGUCUCACAGUACCUACAUUCUCCAGGAGCAGAACGUACACACACUGCUCUCUGCUGAACUAUUAAACAGACCCAUUUCCCCUAAGUCGUGGAAUAUGAUGCGUAAAUUCUUAACAUCAAGCUCUUGAUAUAAAGUUUCAGCAUUUUUUUUUCUUAACUUAGCUGUUGAAAGCAAAUAUCAUGCCCACUAAACAAUGAUCUGUGUUAACAGUACAAUUUUUAAAAAUCAUUAUUUUAGUUUCUAUCAUGAAUUGUGAAAUGGUCAUAAUGUGACCAAAGGGUCAUUUAACCAUCAGGCUCCUUUACACCACUGAACGGGUUGCCUUAAGUAUUGCUAUUAUGUUGUAUUAAUAGUAUGAAUACAAAUGUAACAACAUACAUCUCAGUGGUACAGUAUGUCAUCCUCAUCAGUUUACACACUUGUGUAUUAGGAACCAAAAUUCAAUUAAAACAUACUGGUAAUGGCCACUGUAAUAUUAUUGAUUUAUCUUGAAUUCAUACAAAGCAGUUAAUUAUCUUCACUUAGUUAUUUGAAGAGUAAAUUGGUGAAAGGCGAUUUCUCCUUUUUUAUGUUUUCAUGGGUUAUUGGACACUUCCUCCCCCUACAGGUCUGCUGGGUUAGGGUUAUGGCUUUGAGUAAAGGAUAAAAUCUCAGAAGCAGGAAGACUGACUCUAGUGGCAGUGGAAGUAAAGGAUCUGCAAAUAAUCUCUGAUUUGUGUAAAUAAGUAUUAACAAAAGGUUUUGCCUGUUUUUAGGUUACACAGCAUUUUACACAUUUUUCUUUUCCACUUAUAUAGGGACUUUGAUCUUCAGAUAAUCCGAGACAAAGAAGGCUUUUCGCAAGUCUUUUGCUUUCAUUGCUGAUCAAUAAAGUCAAAUCUGUGAAGUAACGUUGACUUAAAUAUUUCUACAGGAUUUUUUCCGGUAACACUUUACAUCAGCUGCACCUUCAUAAUGCAUUCAAAGAACAUUCAUAAGCAGUAUGUUAGUAUACCCUAACAUCCAAACAUACCAUAACUAUAACAGUUUAAAUAUACAUUAAGUGUUUUACGAUUAUACAACUAUGUUUGUUAUUAAUGUAUAUUAAGCUGCUAAGGUAUGUUAGGAUGUAGGAAGGUAUACUUACAUGCUGCUUAUGAAUGUUCUAUGAAUGCAUUAUGAAGGCAUUAUGAAGGUGCACUGAAUGUUCUAUGAAUGCAUUAUGAAGGUGCAGUCAAUGUGAAGCAUUACCCUUUCUCCAUCUUAAACUGGACAGUUUGAUCUAUGUAAAAUCCACCACCCAGUACAUCAGUCAGCUUUGCAAUACGUCGAAGGACGUUUACGAGGCAUGCAGCACGCAUGAAAUUUCUUUCCACAUUUUAAUGUUUGUCCUGGAUAUUUUGAACUGGAAAAUUUAUUUAGUAUUGGCUAUUCAGUAUUUUUUUUCCUGUGUAAUUAUGAAGUUAUGAAGGCUUAGUUCAUCUUUUUUAUAGUUGAAAGUAUUAUUUCUUUCAGGCUUUGUAAUUUAAGUACAUACGUAUUAUAUUGACAGUAUUAUUUGCAUUCUUUAACAGUCAGUUCUUGAAGGAUCUGUAUAAAAAGGGCUUUUUUAAAUAUUACUGUAAUCCUUUAUUUGUGUAUUUCUUUUCCAUUUUAAUAUAACCAGUCUGGCAGUUAUGUGCAACAGUAUAUUAGAGCUGCACAGUAUGUUUGUAUACUACAUGUGAGACCUUCAUUUCUGUAUCUGAUUCACAGCCCAGCUAGAGAGUGACAUUCCUAGCUGGGCUGCGCAGUGGUUUUGUCUAAUGUGCACUGGCCUUGACCUUGAAGACUUAUUAGAGUUAUCCAAUAAAGCAGAAAUAUUCAUUAA